UCUUUUUGUAGAGUUCGGUGCAGAUCACAUUUGAAGAGGGUCCUCAGUUACCACCGGCCGCAAAUAUAAGUUUUGUGACGUGCGAGGGACGGUCAGACCGCAGCAUGGUGCUAUGCUGCCAUCUGUCAGCUGAAGCUGUGAAGUUCCCUGUCUCUGUUACUCAGCAGUCCCCAGUUGCUGUUUCUGUGGACACCUAUCAUGUCACUUUGGCUGUGCUGCAGGCUCAGGUGGAGAUCCACUUGGAGGAGAUACAGAACGAAGGUCUCCUGGUGUCGUGGACGUUCAAGGACAGACCGGACUUGAACCUUUCGGUUAUUCCGAGACUUUGGCUUCGCGAGAAUGAAGGGAGAGCCGAUCUGUCCACCGUGAAGGAUCUGAUUGAGGAUACCAUUGUCAGCACGCAGCCGGCGAUGAUGGUGAAUCUGAAGGCCUGCACCGCUGGAGCCGGUGCGGUACCCGGCAAUAAGCUGACUCGAGAGUCUCCGUCCAGAGUGGCAGCGGCCCCUCUGGCUUCUAAGCUGUCGCUGCGGAAUCUUCGAGUGCUGAACUUGGGCCGCCAGGGCGAGGAGGGUAAGCGUGAAAACAUCGUUGUUCCGCUGGG